UAAUGCAUGUAUGAAAUUUUGUUGCAUACUUCUCUGUAAUUGUUCUGUUAAAGUCACUGGCCACUUCUUACUUUGACUUACAUGUUUGUGCUAACCUAGCACAGACGGGGUAGGAUUAGGACCUACGCUCGUUUCGCCAAGGGGCUGUAUCACUCUGGAACUGCAACGAAGCAACUAUCUUUAACGGGGAAGACUUUGGCUAAUUAGCUAAACACAGGCCGUUGACCGUGCAGCAACGGUCCCCGCUGCGCUCGCUCGGCUGCAAAUCCUGUUUAAAUGUGGCGGUUUGCAUCGUUGCCGAAGUGACGACGUGGGAGGCGCAGUACGGAGCCAACUGAAGCUAGAUAAUGUUGCUAGGAAUGGGAGAGCACCCUGUUGUGAUCCGCCAGUACCGAUUGAGCUGCAGGCAGUGACAGCGCGAAAUCAAUGUUGUACUGUUGGGUACAAUGAAGAAAAUAUUCAGCUUUGCUAAGAAGAAGAAACACCCGUCCAGUACUCCUGACAGUGGGAGCGUACUGUCUGUUGGCUAUGAGUUGAAAGACAAGGAUCUGGGGAAGGUUCACAAGGCUGCCUCAGGAGGGGAUCUGUCAAAGCUGAAGCAGCUUGCUAAAAAAAAUGACAUCAAUCAACUUGACAAGGAGAACAGAACUGCUCUUCACAUUGCCUGUGCUAGUGGACAUGUUGAGGUGGUCCAAUUCCUGGUUGAGAGCAAAGCCAAGCUUAACCUAUGUGACAAUCAAAAUAGAUCUGCCUUAAUGAAGGCAGUGCAGGGCCAACAUGAGCGCUGUGUGAGUAUACUGCUGGAGAAUCAUGCUGAUCCUAAUCUUGUGGACAUCAAUGGCAAUACAGCACUGCAUUUAACAGCAAACAUCCCAUCCAUCUCCACUGCUGUCCUUCUGUUGGAGCAUGAGGCUGACAUCAAUGCACAAAAUAAGGAGGGAUUCACACCAUUGACUGUGUCAGUCCGUGAGGAUCAUAUUGAGAUGGCUGAGUUUCUCCUCAAAGAGGGUGCUGAUGUUAAUGUAUUGGACCAAGAUCAGAGGUCCCCAUUAAUGAUAGCUGCUGGCAAUGGACAAAUUGGUAUGCUACGGUUGCUCCUGCAGUUCAAUGCAGAUAUUACACUUAAAGAUACCAAAGGAUGGUCAGCUGAUGACUAUGCAGUAAUGAAUGGACAUCAUCCUUGCUCCCUCCUGAUCAUUGAACACGGUACCCAGAGAAACAAUGGAUCGUCACUCUCACAUCAAGGCCUGAGCAAAACAAUGAAAUCAUCAUUGUUGGGCAGCCCUUCCAGAGAUGUUGAAGGAGGUUUCUCUGUUGGGGGCCCAGCCAUUGACAAAGACGAGCAUGGAGCAAAUGAAGCAGGGCGAGAUUAUAAAGACACUUCUCAGUCAGAGUCACUUAGUCGAGUUUCAAAAAGUGGUGCAGAUGAAUGGCCUUCAACAGACGACGAUGAUGAUGAAUCUGGUUUAAUAGAAAAGACGGUACAUAAGGUAAACCUCAGAAAAAUGAUUGCUUCAAAAAAGGGAGAAGCUUCUCUGCAGCCUGACAGAUCUUUGAGCAGUACAGAGUCUUUGCCAGAGACUGAGAAUAGAGCCCAGAGAACCCCAUCCCUCCCCAAGGUGUUACCAUCCAACAGAGGUCUGCAGCAACCCGUAGAUCCUUCUCCUCUUUCCUUAAUUUCCAAUGUACCCCAGAUGAUUUCCACACCUCUCCCAACCCAUAGAAAGAAAGAAGAUUCCACUGAUAAUGAGGACAAUAACAAUGAUGAGGAGGGGGAUGAAGAAAGAGACACCUCGAAUGAAAAUGAUCUGCUUGAGGAGAGUGGCCACUCACUUGACACUGCUUCACCUGUUCAUGAGACAGAAGACUCUAAAGACAAGAAAAGGGAUUUCUUGUCAGAGCUUGGUCUGCAGAAGGAAGACGAAGAGCAGGAUUCUUGGGACUCUGAGUCCCACCUUGAUGAUCCCAGUGUGCCACAUGAAGAGAAGGAAGGCAUGCAUCCCCAGACGGUCGAUGAGAUUGCCACUACUGAAGACAAGAUGGAAGAAAACUUGUUUUAUAUUCCCUCUUUUUUAAGAGGGGAGACAGGCAGUAGGAUGGCAGUUCUAGAGCCUUGGAGGAAUGUAGGCAGGCCGAGAGGCAGCCAGGGAGAGGCUGGAAACAAGGAUAAGGAUGAUACGGAAGAGCAACUUGUUGAUGAAUGUGGCACUUUACAGAAAGAGACUGAAAAAGCAAAGUGGGAACCACUUAAUGUUUUAAGCAAACUUGAAGGGGAGCAUGACCAAAAGACAGACCUAAUGGAAGAGCUGGGGCUGGGUGAUGUUGAUGAUCUGGAAGAUGCAUCAGACUGGGACUCAGCCAGCACUGCUAGCAAGAGAACUCUCCCUGGAAGAAGACUGGCUGCCUCCCCUGAAGUUCAGACGUUCCCACAAAGUUCAGCUGUAAAGGCCCCAGAAGAAGACAUUAACGUAGCAGCACCUCUGACACCUCAAGGGAGCAUCAACCCUGGUGAGAUACCACCCAGCACACCCUCUAAAGUCACGGUACAGCCCCAGCCUCGAGCAAGGAUGACGAUUCGUCAGGAACCAGAGAGUGAGGAAGACUGGGAGCCAGACGAUAUAACGUCUAGCAAUACAUCCAAACUAGAAGACAAAAGUUCCCCUAAGAUGUCAUCAAUAGAAAGAGACGCAGAGAUUGACACGCAGCAACAAAAGGAGGAAUAUGAUGCAGUAGGUACAUGUGAGUUAGACUGCGUUAACUCAUGCCCACCUGAUGGUGGAGGGAAGGAUAUUGGCUUACAAGAUCAGUGCAGUUCUGAAGAUAAAGGUCACAGAGGUGAUGAUGCACCAUGGGAGAAAAACUAUGAGAAGCUCUGGGUAGAGGUGGAGAAAAGAGAGGUGAAAUCCACUUUCAAGAAUGUUGCUGGUGAAUUAAAAGAGAAGUUUGGCGAACUGUUCACAUCAAGACGUCCUGCAGAAGACGCCACAGAAGCGAAACAGGAGACAGCUGAAAGUCCUGCCGAAGAAGAUUCAAGUGAUGAAGAAGGAGAAGUGAUUGAGCGCCCUUCAGCCAGAGCAAGAAGUACUGUCCUUCUCACUAUACCUGAGCAGAGGGAAUCUGGACUGGAAGAUUCUGUGACAGAGUCAACUGACAAUUCCUAUUGUGAGGACCAGAUAGAGGUUGGUGAGCCCUCAGUUAACAGGAGCAACAUUCAGCAUGAAGCAGUCCCACUCAGUGGUGAUGCACAGGAAGACUGCAGUUUUCCUUCACCACAAGUCACCUCAGCAGAGAUAGAGAUCAACAAAGAAGGUGUCAUAAGUCACACACUAACCUUCUCUGAUAUUCACUGUAACUCAGUCCCAAAACAUGAGACCAAACCUGCGCCGCUUCACAAACAGCAUGUGGACCUAGUCAGGAAGGACAAAAUGACUGAUGUGGAGCAAGCUCAUUUGAACAGCGCAUGUUUAGGAGAGGGUUCUGAGGAGUCGUCCAAGUAUCAUCCUCCCUCAGUAAGCAGACAUUUAGCCUCUGUCCUGGGUGUCUCUGAUGACGAGCUGGAAGAGGACAUGAACACAUUUAAAUUAAAGGUUGAGGAGGAGACAACAAAGACUGCAAUGGAGUUACCAAAAUCCAGCACCUCCUUGAUUAUUGGUGGAUCAGCAUUUGAAGUAGACCUGGAGAAACCCGAGACCAAUUUAAGAUGCCUCCCAAGUCAAGUUGGUUUAAUUCAUCCGGAAAAACGACCUGCAGCCAUCAAGCGCACCAGCGAAGCACCAGUGGCACUCCAGCAGACCAGUAGCAACAGACAGCAGGAAACAGCUGUAGAGAGGACGUUGCAGCUGGAGCUGGUCAGAGGGGCCCAGCAUGGCAGAGCCCCUCAGACCAACACCCUUACUAAUGGAGAUCCUCUCUCUGUGUUUGACGAUAGCACUUUAAGUGAAUUGUCGGACGAUGAAGGAAGGCUGACAACCAGUGGACACCUGAAAAACGAGAAGCAUGACGAGGUGGAGAUGGCAGAAGACUUUGAUGAAGUUACUCAGUCAUCAGACACAGCCACAGAUGACAUGGAUUCCCCUACUUCAGGCUAUCGUCAUGCAUCUCUGCUCAUUCAGAAGCUAGACUCAGCCACAUUAGACUCGAGAAGCAUGGUGAAGCUGCAGAACAUUUUCCACGAAUAUGAGCGCUCCAUUCAAAAGGCAAGAAGUCGUCAUGGAUACCUGUCCGACAAGGUGAACCAGCUGGAAAUGGAGAGGGCAGACCUGAGGACCUCACUUGAGGAAGUUAAGGAUCUUAAGUCUGACUUGGACCGACAUAAGCUAGAAUUGCAGACUGAAGUCACAAACCUCAAAUUUCAGCUGAAACAGGAGCAGGAAAAUCGCAGAAAUGCCACCAUGAUGUAUAACACUACCAGAGACAAGCUGAGGAGGACGGAGGAGCAGCACCAGUUGGAGAUUCAGGAGAGACAGAAGGUGGAGCUCACCCUCAGGAACCUAGAGCUGGAGAUGAGGACGCUGGUCAACAACAUCAAACGGCUUGAAGAAGAUCACAAUGAGACCCAGAGACUGCUGGCUCAGGAGCGCAGUGCGCGUGCUCUUCAGGAGAACUUGCUCAACAGUCAUCUUCGUAAACAACAGGAGAUAGAGGAGGAGAACAAAAGAAAUAUAAGCAAAAGUAGUGAGGCCUUGUCUCAGCUCACUGAGGCCAGUGACAGGGAGAGAGAAUUGGUCCAGCAAACUGUUACUUUACAGGAACAGCUACACAUUCUAAGGACAGAGCUUGAGCAUUCACAGGCCAACAGCAGUCUGAAGGAGGGUCACAUCCUGGAGGAGAACGAGGCCCUCAAAGAACAGCUAGAAGAUGCUCGGCGAGAUCUCAAACUCAACGGUGAAGCCUUGGCACAAACCGUCUAUAACUGCAAUAACCAGAUGUCCACCCUCAAGUCUGAGCUGGCUAUAAUAACUACCCGUCUGGAAAAUGAACGGCAAACACGGGAAUCACUGGAGUCAGAGCUCGAGUCCACUCGCGUUCGUCUGGCUGGGGCCAUAAAGGAGGCUGAGCAAUGCCUGGGAGCUCACUCAGACUCAGAGAAAGCGCUUCUCUGGGAGAAAGAGGAACACCAGCGCCUCAAAGACAGGCUCACAGGUGAAGUAGCCAGUCAACGCGAGGCCGUCAGCAGCAUGUCUCAGAAACUGACCAAGGAGGAGGCACGUGCAAACAGCCUGGAGAAUGAGGUCCAUCGGGCCACACUGCAGCUGACAGAGAAAGGCCUGCUGCUGGAAGUCCUGCAGCGGGAGAAGGACCAAGCAGCUGCACGUGUUAAGGAACUGGAUUCAGCUCUGCAGGCAGAGCGGGAGAGCGCCAGCCAUGCUCGAGCUCGCCAAGACGUCACACAGGAGCGGUUAGCCCAAGCGCAGAGCGAGAGUAUGCUAUUACGGCAACAGCUAGAGGAGUCCCAAAACAAAGGCGCUGUGAAAGAACGCGCUGUAACAGAUGCCCAAGAGCGCUUCAGUGACCAACUCUCCAAGCUGCGCUCCGACUGUGAAGACAGGGUGCAGCUAAUAGAGGAGAGAAACAAGGAGCUCGCCAGUAAAGCCGCAGAUUUCAGAGGUCAAAUCUUAAAGUUGGAGGAAGAGAAGGGUGAAAGAGAGACUAAUCUGAGGCAGCUGCAGCAGGAGCUUGCUGACUCCCUCAAGAAGUUGUCUAUGAGUGAAGCGUCUUUAGAGGUCAACACACGAUACCGCAAUGACCUGGAGGAGGAGAAGGCUCGGCUGCUCAAAGACAUGGACAGGCUCAAAGGAAAGCUGGAAGAAAGUGAAGAUCAGUAUGUGCAGGCUGAGAGACGCAUUAAUAGUCUUAAGAACAGUCUUGAUGAAAAGGAAAAGGAGCAUGCCAUGACUGUCCAGAAACUUCAGGAGGCACUGUCUGCUUCAGCACUCACUGAGACCGUCGUCAAACAGCUUGAGGAAGCUGUGCAAAGGCUGGAAAUUGAAAACGCCAGGCUGGAAGCUGCAGCGAAGCAACAGUCCAACAAAAUUGAAGCGCUUCAAAAAGGGGCUCAGGAAGCUGCAAUGCUAACUGAAGGCUCAUCUGGAGAAGGGGCUGGUAUUGUACAUGUCAGAAGUCAUUUGGAGGACUUGGUUUCAAAUCUCCAAAGCAGUAAGAUGACUUUGGAAGACCAACUCAGUAGAGAGGUUCAGAAACAAAGCAUGCUGUCCCACACAGCCCAGGACUCUCAGGCCUUGUGGGAGGAGGAGCUGAAGAGCCGCUCUAAGUUAGGGCUGCGUUUGGCAGAGCUAGAAAAGGAGAAAGGAGAACUGAGCACUCAGAUGGAAAUAGAAAAGAAAAAAGCCAAAAAAAUCACGGAGCAGAAGAAGGCGGUUGACACUCGGCUGGAUCAGGAAAUGAAGAGAAACACUGAGCUGCAAAAAGAAAUGUACAGGCUACGGACUUUAUUGAAGACUGCAAAGAAGAAGCUGCGGGAUCAGGACACUGGUGGAGCUGAGUUUGGCUCUCCAAUGAGCAGUCUGCGGAUGGAUAUGGGCAGGCACGGCCAGCCAGAGGUGGCCAUUGGACGAAUGAAAGACAAGGUAGAGGAUUUGCAGGUAGAGCUGGAGAAAGAAGCAUCUCGUCGCAGCCAGUUAGAGAAAGUGAACGGGGAGCUAAAGGAUCAACUAACUUCACUCAGGAGCUUGGGUCGCAGUAAUGACCUGUUGGAGAGAAGUAAGAGACAGUUGGAAGAGGAGGUACUGGACUUAAGACGUAAGAUGGAGACUGCUCAGAUGGAGCAGAGCCACGUGGAGCAGUACCGGCGUGAUGCAGAGGAGAGGGCACGUCAGGAGUUACAGCAGAAACUGGAGCAGGUCAACCUUUUCCUGCAGUCCCAGGCAGCAUCUCAAGAGGCACUGGAUCAGAUCAAGGCAACCAAUGAGGCCAGCCUGCGCUCUCAGAUGGAGCAGAAGAUCCGUGAGUUGGAGAGUCAACUGGGCCGGGCCCGCACCACCCAGCAGGACAGCUUCAACCAAAGAGACUCCACCCGCACAGAGCUGGACAGAUAUCGGCAACUUUAUACCGAUGAGCUGCGUCUGCGCAAGUCCUUGGCUGCCAAACUGGACAGGGCAAACAACCGACUGGCAGAAGCCAACUCUAAGCUUCUCAGUGAGCGUAGUAAGCCUCUUAUGACCAGCAGCAUCACAAACGGCGGCCUCGGGGGGCCCUCACUUGAACUGGGCGCUUUGGGCUCACCUGCUAACUAUGUGUCCACACUGGGGCCCCUGAGCAGAAGUCUUGGCCUGGGACUUUCCUUCCUCAGCCCUGUCACUGAUGCACAGAACAGCAGAGUGGAGGACUAUCUGGCCAAGAUGCAGAGUGAGUUGGAUAGAAACAUUUCCAAGGAACUGAACAACGCCACAGCUGAGCUGAAUGUCGCUGCAGACCGUUUGUCCCCGGUGGGCUCUGCCUCGAGGGUGGAGCUGGACCCCGUGAGCAGGGCCACGCAGCAGUACCUGGAAGUACUGAAGAGGAACAACAUGAUCUGACGUCACCUCACCUCACGACGGCUCCACGUAAAGUUUCGUUUAAUAAAAAGAAUCGUAAAUGAAGAUACUGCCUCCAAUAACUCUAAGGCCAAAGCAUCACAUAACCGCAGAAAUCCACUGCGAUAGAUAAUUACUGCUAUUUUUUUU